UCCCCCUUCACACACACCCACAUCAGGAGCUCUUCUCGCCCUCCUUUCUCAGUCGCCAUGUCCAGGCAGUCCACCAUCACUUUCCAGACUGGCAACCGCAGGGGCUUCAGCGCGGCCUCAGCCACCACCCCAGCCUCUGGGUGCUCCCGCUUCAGCUCCGUCUCUGUUGCCCGCUCCCCAGGGGGCAGUGGAGGGUUGGGAAGGAUCAGCAGUCCUGGGGCUGGCUUUGGAAGUCGCAGCCUCUACAACCUGGGGGCGACCAAGCGGGUCUCUAUCGGUGGAUGUGGCAGCAGCUUCCGAAGUGGCUUUGGUGGCAGGGCAAGCAAUGGGUUCGGAGUCAGCAGUGGAUUUGGCUAUGGGGGUGGAAUUGGAGGGGGCUAUGGGGGCUCUGGCUUCCCUGUGUGCCCCCCUGGAGGCAUCCAAGGGGUCACCGUCAACCAGAGUCUCCUAACUCCUCUCAACCUGCAAAUCGACCCCACCAUCCAGCGGAUUCGGAAAGAGGAGCGCGAGCAGAUCAAGACCCUCAACAACAAGUUCGCCUCCUUCAUCGACAAGGUGCGGUUCCUGGAGCAGCAGAACAAGGUCCUGGAGACCAAGUGGAGCCUCCUGCAGGAGCAGGGCACCAAGACCGUGAGGCAGAACCUGGAGCCCUUCUUUGACGCCUACCUCAGCGACCUCCGCCGGCAGCUGGACAGCGUCACCACCGAGAGGGGCAGGCUGGACACUGAGCUGAGGAACAUGCAGGAUGUCGUAGAAGAUUUCAAAAUGAGGUAUGAGGAUGAAAUUAACAAGCGCACAGCUGCUGAGAAUGAGUUUGUGGCUCUGAAGAAGGAUGUGGAUGCCGCCUACAUGAACAGGGUGGAGCUAGAGGCCAAGGUCAGCUGUCUGACCGACGAGAGCAACUUCCUACGGAUACUCUAUGAGGAAGAGCUGUCCCAGAUGCAGACCCAGGUCAGUGACACGUCCGUGGUCCUGUCCAUGGACAACAACCGCUCCCUGGACCUGGACAGCAUCAUCGCCGAGGUCAAGGCCCAGUACGAGGACAUCGCCAACCGCAGCCGGGCCGAGGCCGAGUCCUGGUACCAGACCAAGUACGAGGAGCUGCAGGUCACGGCAGGCAGACAUGGCGAUGACCUCCGAAACACCAAACAAGAGAUCUCCGAGAUGAACCGGAUGAUCCAGAGGCUGAGAGCUGAGAUCGACAGUGUGAAGAAGCAGUGUUCCAGCCUGCAAACGGCCAUCGCCGAUGCAGAACAGCGCGGAGAAAUGGCCCUCAAAGAUGCACGGGCCAAGCUGGUGGACCUGGAGGCCGCCCUGCAGAAGGCCAAGCAGGACAUGGCGCGGCUGCUGCGCGAGUACCAGGAGCUCAUGAACGUCAAGCUGGCCCUGGACGUGGAGAUCGCCACCUACAGGAAGCUGCUGGAGGGCGAGGAGCACAGGCUGAGUGGAGAGGGGGUUUCUCCAGUUAACAUCUCUGUGGUUACCUCCACCAUUUCCAGCGGCCAUGGCGGUGGCAGCGGCAUUGGAGGUGGAAGCCUGGGUCUUGGUGGGGGCAGCGGCUACUCCUUCACCACCAGCGGUGGGCACAGCCUGGGGGGCUCCGGCUUCAGUGCCUGCAGCAGCCGGGGCCUUGGGGGCAGCGGCUCCAGUGUCAAGUUUGUCUCCACUACAUCCUCCAGCCGGAAGAGCUAUAAACACUAAGUGCAGCCACCCUGCUCCCUCACCCCUGCCCUGAAACCCGCUCUGCCCACACAUCUGACCUGUCUGCCCUAACCCUGGACACAUGGGUCCUUCUCCUUCAUCUCCCCUCCACAAGGCCCACCUGUGCUGCUAGGAAGCCUGGCAUCCUGGCUAAACCCCAUUCCCCAACCUGAGCCAGCCUCUGUCCUCACAGUCCCCAGACUGCUCCUGGCGCCCUCUUUCAAAAUUCACAUUCAGCUUGUCUUGCAGAGACUUUCCCUUCAGCUCCACCUUCCUUCUCCCUCCCUCCAGAUGCAGAAAUGGGGAGUCUGUGUCUCCCAGUCCAUCUCAAUGCCAGGUUGUCAGCCCCCGGGUCUCAUGGUGCUUAUAAGUUGCCUGCUGGGAGGGAGGGCUCCCUCCCUCCCAGCCCUGGAAGGUGUCUAUUAAAUGUAUGUGUAAUGUG